AUGGCUUUGCCCAAAAAUCCACAAUCUGUGUCAGUGGGAAGUGGCGCUGAAUGUGAAACAACCUACUUGAAUAAUUGUUCUUGCACUGCUUAUGCCUGUGAAGACUAUCAGUGUUCCAUUUGGUUUAGAAAUCUGUUGGGCAUAAAGCUAGGCGCCUCAGAUGGAAAAACUCUUUCUAUCAAGCUUGCAACUUCAGAGUUUCCUGAGUGCUUUAGUAUCUUUGGUAUGAUUUACAGGUAUGUGUUGGAAUCACAGCACAUGAAGAAGUUCUUUGACUAUAUACAGCUUCCAAAUUUCGAUAUUGCUGCAGAUGCUGCUGCAACUUUUAAGGAAUUGCUGGUAAGGCAUAAAUCUACUGUGGCUGAAUUUCCUUCUAAGAAUUAUGACUGGUUUUUUGCGGAUUAUAACCCAAAACUGUUGGAAUCUUCCAAUUACAUCACAAGACGACAAGCUAUCAAGUUGUUGGUGGAUAUAUUACUAGAUCGCUCUAAUUUCGUUGUGAUGACAAAAUAUGUGAGCUCAAGGGACAACUUGAGGAUACUUAUGAAUCUUCUGAGAGAGUCUAGCAAGAGUAUUCAGAUAGAAGCAUUUCAUGUUUUCAAGUUGUUCGCUGCUAAUCAAAAUAAACCUCCAGAUAUCGUAAGCAUACUUGUCGCAAAUAGAAGCAAGCUUCUCUGCUUGUUUGCUGAUCUUAAAACUGAUAAAGAGGAUGAAUAG